CACCUGUCAUACGUCACUGUGAACGAGGUUCAGUAUAGUCCUUAAUUUUCAAUGAGGUGUUGAUUUGUACGUGUUUCCUCUCUUUAUUUUUGAUUAUGGAACAGUAAAGUUCAUAACAUCGAGUUUUAUUAUAUACCGAGUGCUUUGUUUCGAAACGCGCGAACCUUUUGAAAAUUGUAUACGUAGGCAACAGGUGUCUAAUGUCGCACAUGUCUCCUAGUUUGUAGCGAUCAUCUCGAAAUUAAACGUAAUCGUGCGAAAGUCACAUAUUUUUCGGAGUUUGAGUCAUGAUAAAAACGGUCAAUAAAAUUUUGUAUCGAAGUGUCUGUUUUAACAAAGAUUCACGAUAGAAGUGUCACAACCCGUCAAUCAUUAAUACGCAACGAUGGAAUACGAUUAUCUCAUUAAAUUCUUGGCCUUGGGAAAUUCUGGAGUUGGCAAAACUAGUUUUCUAUAUCAGUAUACCGAUGGCACGUUCGAAUCUCGUUUUAUAUCUACUGUUGGCAUUGACUUUAAGGAAAAACGCGUGAUAUACCAGACAGCGAAUGGUAGAACUCAACGUGUGCAUUUGCAGCUGUGGGACACAGCUGGUCAAGAGCGGUUCAGAAGUCUAACUACAGCCUUUUACCGGGAUUCCAUGGGUUUCUUACUAAUUUUUGAUCUGACCAAUGAGCUAUCUUUUCUUGAAGUAAGAAAUUGGCUGGAGCAGCUUAGGACUCACGCAUAUUGCGAAGAUCCAGACAUAAUUCUCUGUGGAAACAAAUCCGAUCUCGAAGACAAACGUGUUGUUAGUGAACAUAAGGCACGGGAAUUAGCGGAGAAGCAUGGCUUGGUCUAUUUGGAAACGAGUGCAGCCACAGGCCAGAAUGUGGCACGCGCCGUGGAGAUACUUUUGGACCGGGUGAUGCGCAGGAUGGAGACCAGCGUGGAUAAAUCACUGCUACCUCACCAAAGAGUGUUACGAUGCCACGAGCGCGACACAUCGCCUCCGAGUACUUCCUGCUAUUGCUGACACUGUUCUUACGUGUAGCGUAGCUGAAUAAUGAGCUUGUGCUUUAUUCAGCUAACAACGUGGCCCCGACUGACUCGCACUUGAAUCUCCACGGUCGUUUAAAUGUCACAGGAUAAUACUACUUACGCCUGUUCAUGGUAAAAUAUCUAUGAUGUACAAAUUUCGGAGCACUGAUACAAAUUCGAAAGUCGGCGUACCUCUGUUAGAAGAAUUUCCAAUCGGGAUGACCGAUAGUUUAUUUAUGCAUUCGCAAAAAAAAAAAAAGAGGAAUUGUACCUUGUAUGUUAUCACAAUGUUCGUGCAUCGUUGUAUUCUGAGAAAGGAUUCGCGUUGUUUCCCGUAUUCACGCGCACACUGUCGUCUUCCAUUAACUGCUUCCCUCGGUACAAAACUGAAUGUUUGAUGAAGAACCGACAUGUACCUUCGACGUGUCGUAUAUCUUUCACACUUCUUCGCGAUAAUGUGAUCUACCUGUUAACUGUUGUACGCACAACGUGUUCAAUAUCGUCAUGUUUUUGGUCUCUGUUCAUCCGCCAAAAGUUGUGAUACGAUAGCAUUCCGAUUAUCUAGGACGAAACGAUCAAUUUUCGACGUGUAUAUGUAUUUUUGAUGCUGUUAUUGUACCCAUACCAAAGAUUCGUACGUCUAGUCGUUAAGUAUACUACGCUGAGAAUACAAUCAAAAUGUUGUCUGACGCAUCGUUUAUACUGUCGUUAAUCGAAUACUGAUGUGCCGCUAUCAAAUUUUCAAGCGAAAAGAUAUAUCUUAUAUAUCUUGCGGAAACUAUGUGUCAAUCUUUCUAGUUGUUAAGGUGGAGCAUCAGCGAGUGUUUUAUCUGCACACGUUGCGGAGACUAUAUGUGUUGUUUCUCUAAAUUUUUACAUCCGUGAGUUACGAGUGAUUGAGAAAUGUUCGAAUAUAUAUAUAUAUAUAUAAAGGUAUAUAUUUGUUCAGCACCUACAGGGUGGGAUGAUAACUUUCUGGUUAUGUGAUAUUAUAUAGACCGUUGUAAAAGGAAUGGCGCGAAAUUGUAGUAUUAUAGGAAUGUGAAUCUUGAAACUUGACACGUCUUGAAACGUCGAAAAGACGUUUUCACAAUAUUUCUCUUAGCGUAAAAAUUUUAUCGGGAAUAUUUGAAACGAUAGAGACAUUCCGAGUUAUUGCCCUAUUCUAUAUGUAUCGUGUCAUACGUAAUAAAAAGAGAUUGCACGAGUUAUUACUUCUCCGACCGAAAUUCCACCGCUCAUUUUCAGUUUGCUAUGAUCUCGAGAGCAAAAUGGAAAAUGAAAAUGCACAUGGACGAUCGAUGCAAUGUCGGAAUUAGAUUUAGGUGGAUCUAACUUUUCCUCGCGUACGACGGAAUCACGAAAUUUCUAAAUUACGAGCGAAUUUUCAAAUUUGUUCCAUGUCACGUGUGGGUCUCGAUGUGUUCAAUUCGGACUGGAUCGUAGCAAACUAUGAUCGCUAUUCGUAUGGUGAACUUUGCGUGUCGAUGUGUGAUUGUGUUUUUCGAGACUUUCGGCUGUUUAAAGUACCGCUCUCGUCUAAUAGAACAAUUUGAAUCUACCAAGCGUGAGAGAGACGCGAAAAGCGUGCUCUACUAUGUAUACGUACUUAACCAACUGUACUUUGUGAAAAUUCUGUCAGAAGGAUACGCGUUCGCACAGAAAUUUCCAUAAAGAAUAUCUCGCCGAGCAAAUAAACGCUCUGUAGUUCCGCUUAAA